AUGACCAAGCCAAUAAUCUCCUUGGAUCAGCUAAGAUUCAGGACAUUGUCUCUGCUUUGUGAAGACCUUAACUUGUCCUUUCCUUUGAUUGGUCUCUUCUUCCUACUUCUGCAACCUCCAUUUACAUCAAUGCAGGAGACUCAACACAGUUGUUUUGAGUACUGGCAGCAGCCAAACACCUACAUGAAGGCAGAUAUAAUCCUAGGUGCAUUUAUCCCCAUUUACAUCGCAAUAGAAUCACCCUUCAAAAUCAUGUAUAUUUUUGACAGUGAACCAAGUCUGCUAUGGAAAGCCUUUCUACCCAAUUGGAAAAACUAUCAACAUUUGCUGACCUUAUACUUUGCCAUGGAUCAGAUAAAUAAGGACUCAAAACUGCUUCCCAAUGUGACCUUGGGUUUCCAUGUCUACAAUGCCUUUAAUUCUAACAGAAGAACCUUGGAGGGCCCUCUGAUGUGGCUGUCUGGAAGGAGUGAGUAUGUCGCUAACUACAAAUGCAAAACACAACACAAAGCUCUAGGAAUAAUUUCAGGAACCAGGCCGGAAUUUUCUGCUGCAAUUGGAACACUUUCAGAGCUCUACAAAGUCCCACAAGUCACAUAUGGACCUUUUGAUUCCAUGUUUAGUGACAAAGAUACACACCCAUCCCUUUAUCAGAUGUCUCCUAAAUACAGAGGUCUAACUCAAGGGUUGAUCUCUUUUUUGCUGCAUUUUGGCUGGAUGUGGGUGGGGCUCAUUGUGUCUGAUGAUCAGAGAGGAGAGGAGUUUCUUUCAGACCUGAAAGUAGAGAUGGUAUCAGAAGAUAUCUGUGUGGCUUUUACAAAAAAACUGCCAGAUAAUUGGAAGUUUAGUGUGCAAUAUGAUUAUAGUUUGCUGAUCUUGAACCAACAUAUACAAGUAAAUGUGAUUUUAUUCUAUGGUGAUAUAGAUGACAUACUGUUCUUCUACAUAGGCAUCAAGUUCUUUUUAACCAGAAAGGUGUGGAUUAUAGCAAAGCAACAGAAAACAUACUUAAAGUCUAUAUUAAAUGAAGAAAAUGCUUGGAUAUCCUUUUUCAGAGGAAGCUUCUCAUUUUCAAAGGAGAGAAUUCUCCCUGGUUUCAAGCACUUUCUUGAGGCACUUACACCCUCCCAGUACCCAGGAGAUUUUUAUUUCUCUAAAUUCUGGAUUGACAAUUUUUAUUGUUCACCUCCUGCUUUGCUGUGUGGAAAUAAUAAACCCUGUGCAGUGAAUAUUUCCCUAAAGACUAAGCAUGAAAUAAAUGAUGUGAUGACCAGUUCUGAGCACAGCUAUUCCAUAUGGAAUGCAGUUUAUGCAAUGGCCCAUGCCCUCCAUAAAAUGCUAUUGAGCAAAUCUGAAAUGGAACCUAAAGAAAUAAAAAACAAGGGCAGACUUCUACCAUGGCAGAUGCAUCCAUUUUUGAGGAAAAUUAAAGUUACAAGUGCUGCUGGAGAUGAAAUAAGCUUUGAUGAGAACAAGAAUAUCAUGGAAACAUAUGAUAUACAGAAUUUUGUGGAAAAUACUAAGCAUAAUUCGUUACUAGUUAAAGUGGGAGAGUUUGUCUUCAAGAGUCCACAAGAUCAAGGCUUUUUCAUCAAUGAAGUUCUGAUAAAAUGGCCAAGUGACUUCAAUCAGACUCCUCAAUCUGUUUGUGCACAAAGCUGUGGUCCAGGAUUCUGGAAAGUUCUACAAGAAGAAAGACCCGUCUGCUGUUUUUCUUGUGUAUUUUGUCCAGAACAGCACAUUACCAACAAGACAGAUGAGCAGGAGUGCAUCCCUUGCCCAAGUCAAGAGUACCCAAACCCUGAGAGAAACCAGUGCCUGCCCAAGGCAGUGACCUUCCUGUCCUUUGAAGAUCCUCUGGGUAUGGCUCUGGCUUGCACAGCUCUGUGCUUAUGUGUCAGCACAACCGCAGUUUUGGGGAUCUUUCUCAAACACCGAGGAUCAGCCAUUGUUAAGGCCAAUAACCAGACUCUCAGCUACAUCCUGCUCAUCUCCAUCCUCCUCUGCUUCCUCUGUUCCUUUCUCUUCAUUGGCCACCCAAACACAAUCUCCUGCAUACUACAACAAAUAACCCUUGCAGUUGUGUUCACCUUGGCUAUUUCCACUGUUUUGGCAAAAACUAUAACUGUAAUUCUGGCCUUUAGAGUCAUGAAACGAGGGAGAACAAUGAGAAGGUUGUUUGUCUCAGGCAUCUAUAAUGCUGUCAUCCCCAUCUGUGUCCUGAUUCAACUUACUCUCUGUGGAGUCUGGCUGGGAACCUCACCUCCCUAUAUUGACACAGAUGUACACUCUGAACAUGCUCAUAUCAUCAUUUUAUGCAACAAGGGCUCAGUUACUGCUUUCUACUGUGUGAUGGCUUACUUAGGUACCCUGGCCCUAGGGAGCUUCACUGUGGCUUUCCUGGUGAGGAAUCUGCCUGACACAUUCAAUGAGGCCAAGUUUCUGACAUUCAGCAUGCUGAUGUUCUGCAGUGUCUGGGUCACCUUCAUCCCUGUCUACCAGAGCACCAAGGGCAAAGCCAUGGUGGCUGUGGAAGUCUUCUCCAUUCUGGCCUCCAGUGCAGGGCUGCUGGGGUGCAUCUUUUUUCCAAAGUGCUACAUUAUUCUCUUAAGACCUGAUAAAAACUCUUUG